AACUCGGGUGCCCCAAGGAACCAAGGGUCCAUGGUGACCUUGUGGAGCCGCAGUGUCACAGAGGAGCCAUUGUGACACAGCGAGGGCGCAUGGAGCCGAGGGGCCAUUGUGACACAUCAGGGCUUUGUGGAACCACAAAGCCAUUGUGACAUUGCAAGGCCUCAUGGAAGCACGGGGCCAUUGUGACACUGCAGAAGCAAGGGGGACAUUGUGACACUCCAGGGCCUCAUGGAACCAAGGAGACCAUUGGGACACUGUGGGGUCCCACGAAACCAAGGGAACAUGGAACAGGUCUGGCUGGCUGGGCCUCCUGGAGACCACCUGACAGGUCUGGCUGACCUUGGCAUGUCGAGGGCUGCUUCUCACCUGCCCUGAAGCACUGGGGCUCUGGGCUUUCCUUCCUAUGGGAGAGAACUGUCCUUCUCCAGGGGCCUAUGGCCAAAAGUAGGAUUCCUUCUCCAAGUUUCCUUGUAUGCAAGGAUUGUUCCCAGAUGAAAUCUGCCAGGAGAGACAGGUCUUGGCCACCCAGGGGCCACCUCUCAUCUGCCUUUCAAAGACUGGGACCAUGUGCUUUUCUUUCUUAUGGGAAAAAACAUCCAUCUCAACCAGGCACCCAUGGCUAAUAUUAGGCAUCUACCUCCAGAAUUCCCUAUAUCCAAGGACAGCUCCCAGACAAAAGAUGCCAGGACUGACAAGUCUGGCUGGCUUUGCCUUCCUGAGGGUUGGCACUCAUUUGUCCCUGAAACACUGGGGCUCUGUGCUUUCCUUCCUAAUGAAAAGAACUCAUCUUCCUGUACAGGUGCCCAUCGCCAAAAUUGAGAUUCCACCUCCAAAAUGCCCUGUGUCCAAGGAUACCCACUAGAUGAAAGGUGCCAGGAGAGACAGGUCUGGCUGGCUUGGCCUAAGUAUGGCCACCUCUCAUCUUCUUCCAGAACACUUGGACUUCACACUUAUCUUUCCUAUAGGAAAAAAACCUCCAUCCUGACCAGGCACCCAUGGCCAAAACUGGGAUUCCACCUCCAAAACUCCAUACAUCCAAGAAAAGCUCCUUAGUGAAAGCAGCCAGGACAGACAGGUCUGGCUGUCUUUGGCCUCUUGAGAGCUGCCUCUCAACUGCCUUGAAACACUGGGGCUUGAUGCUUUCCUUCCUAUGGAAAAGAACCGUCCUUCUUAUCUACAGAGAAGUGGCCGAAAGUGCGGUUCCACCCACAAAAUUCCCUACAUCCAAGGGUUGCUUUCAGACAAAAGCUACCAGGACAGAGAGGUCUGGCUGGCCUAGGCCUCUGGUGGCCGCCUUUCAUCUGCCCCUCAAACACUGGUCUUCUGUGCUUUCCUUCCUAUGGAACAGAAAUGUCCUCCUCCUCCAAGUGUCCAUGUCUGAAAUUGGGAUUCCAGCUCUAAAAUUCCCUAUAGCCAAGGGCUGUUCCCAGCCAAAAUCUGCCAGUACCGUCAAAUCUGACUGGCCUUGGCCUCUGGUGGCUGCCCCUGCCACACUGGGGCUCGGUUCUUUCCUUCCCAUGGAGAUCCCUGUGACACUGUGGGGACCUCAUGGAACCAAGGGGAUCAUUGUGGCACCACUGGAGCCCAUGGAACCAAGGGGCCAUGGUGACACAGCGGGGCUUCAUGGACCCAGAGACCAUUCUGACUUUGUGGGGCCUGAUGGAACCAUGGAGACCAUGUGGACCCUUCAGGCCCUCGUGUCACCAAGGGGGCAUUGUGACACCUCAGGGCCUCCUGGAAGCAAGGGACCAUUGGGACACUGUGGGGCCCCAUGGAACCGAGGGAACAUGGAACAGGUCUGGCUGGCUUGGCCUCCCAUGGGCCACCUGACAGGUCUGGCUGAUCUUGGAAUGCCAAGGGCUGCCUCUCAUCAGCUCCUGCAGCACUGGGGCUCCGUGUUUUCCCUGCUGUGGAAGAGAACUGUCCCUCUUUUCUGAUGCCCAUUGCUAAAAUUGGUACCCUCCCUAAAAAAUUUCCUAUUUCUAAGGGUAUCUCUCAGAACAAAACCUGCCAGCUCUGGCUGGCCUUGGCCUCUGGUGGUCACCUCUCAUCUGCCCCUGAAACAUUGGGGCUUGGUUCUUUCCUUGCUGUGGAAAAAAACACCCUUCUUGCCAAGGGACCAUUGCCAAAAUUAGAAUUUGGCCUCCCAAAUUCCGUAUAUCCAAGGAUUGCUCCCUGACAAAAGUAGCCAAGACAGACAGGUCAUGCCGGCCCUGUCCUCAGGUGAUUUUCUUAGACUAUGAACUGAAUGUUUUCAUUUGAAAACACCUUGGAGAGCACCCAGAGAUCUCCCAAGGUGGGGUUUUGGGGCCUUGGGGACACGACCACUACAUAUGGACAAAGGAGCUCAGUGCUCUGUGCUGUUGUGUUGGUUUUGCAUCACACAAGUGAUGUCCUGAGAGAAGCUGUUUAGUAGUUUCCUCCGUGUCUGACAAAAAACAAUCAGUAAUUAUCUAUGACAGGUGACAAUCUCCUAAACUUAAGGAACUAAGGAACACCUCUGUGAAGACACAAGUUUAAGAGGAAGAAGCCUGGCUGGGUCUCUUUCCCUUCUGGCCAGCACAGAGGUGCCAAGGCCAGCCCAGCCCCCGUCUGGGCCGGGGCGGGCCGGGCGGCUCCUGCCGUGGGGCCGGGCCCCUUCCCAGGGAGCCCGCCAGGCCCCAUCGGCUGCCGGGCAGGGGAGGGGAGGCCGCGGGGCCGAGGCCGGGCCGGGCCGUGGCUGCGCUUGCUGACAUCUGGCCGCUGCCGAGCCCUGCCCUGCCGCCAGCCCGGGCCCAGCCAGGAUCCGCCGGGCCCCAGGAGCAGCCCCGGGCCGGGCCGGCUGGGCCAAGCUUCUGCCGCCCUUGGGCUUGGCCCGCAACCAGCGGGCAGGGCCAGGAGAAGCCAUCGGCCCCGGCCGUGCUGCUGCUCUGCUCUGGCCUGGCUGCUGAGAUCCUGGCCCUGCCCCCAGCGCCGCCCAGCCUGACACAGCCCCAGCGCAGCCGCUGCACAAACCUCCAUGGGAAAACAGCUCCGGCCGCAAGGACCCAGCCCGGCUGGGCUCACGCAACCAUCUGCAGGCCCCGCCUGAGAUAUUGACUCUUCCCGUGCUUCCAUCCUCCCUCCAGUGAGAGAAAAGGACAAAGUGCAGGCACACAGAGAAGCAACGUGAAGACACCGAGGUCAGUGAAGAGGAAGUUGAGUCCCAGAUGGGAGGGAUGAGGAGAUGCCUUGACCUUGGGGCUGAAAUCCUCUGCUAAAGCCAUGGAGAAGGAUGGAAUUGAUACAUCAGACUCUCUUUUUCCCUAUAACGCAUUGAAAAGUAUGGGGAGAUUACUUGUUCAGCAAAGGCCUCCAUGCUAAAGGAAGCAAAUGUUGCAGUAGCUGUGAUCCCAUGAGAAGUUUGAACAUUGAAAGAGAGCAGAGUGAUGAGACCCUGUGCCCUCAGGGAGAGAAGAAGAAGAUCUCUGUUCCAAGAGAUGAAGAUGAUUUCAGAAAUAGAUGAAGAGAACCUUUGCUCUUAAACAGCUCAUCUUUAAACUAAUACCCCAUAGGCUGACAUGGCCCAUAAACACAGCUGUUGGAAAAGCUGUGAAAAAUGGGAGUGACUUCACAGUUUCAGUUUUUCAAAGUGGCUGCUAUUCGUGGAAAUUGAGAGCAAUGACAGAACUGUUUUCUUAUAGAGAAGUCUUCAUAGCCCAAAAGACAUACUCGCGCCCUAAGUGAACUGAAGAAAGACUAUUCAAUAGGUGGUAAAGUGACUAAAAUUUUAGGUUUUGUCUAUUUACAUUGUCAGUAAGAAAGAAAAGGUUGUAGGGAGAAGAGAAGUGUUCUGAAAGUUUUGUUCUGAUUCUUGUUACACUUUCUUUUACUUACUCUUCUAAAUUUUUCUUUAUACCUUUUGAAGUUUUGAGCCCACUUUGCCUUUUUCCUAAUCAUAUCGCAGAGCAGGAAAUGAGUAAGUAUAUUCUAGUGAGUGCACUGGUAAUUAGCCAGCACUGGACCCACCACACUAAUUAAUGCAUUGGCCGAGAAAUCUCAAAUUGUUGAACCAAAACCACUACAGAAACUUCCUGAUGAACUGCCCCAGACCAGAGGGAAAUCAAGGCAGAGCCGUGGUUUGUCAGGAGUUGCUUGAUCCUAAUGAGCCCCGUGGUGCAUUUGGAGCUGAGCCCUGGAACCUCAGGGCCUGAGAGGAGAUUGCACAAACCUUUCCAGGAGUCAAAGGCAGAAUAAAACCCCAAAGAGUCUCAAAGCAUUAAUGGGACCCACUGAGGUCCAUCCCCAACACAGGCCCCUCAUGGACUCCUUGGAGGAGAGAACUGGAGGCCAGGAUGGCACAAAAACCUCUCAGAGACUCAAAAUGGCACAAAAACCUCUCAGUGUGAAAAGGAAAAUCCAAAGUAUCUUGAAAACUUUGACUAUCUCAAAGCAUUAAUAAGCCCCCCUGAGUGUCAGUACAAAGCUCCCAAGGGACUCGUUAAAGCAGAUAAUUGGGGCCAUGAUUGCACAAACCUCUCACAGAGUCUGUAGCAAAAGGGAAACACCAAGUACCUUAAAAGAACUGAAGUACCUUGAAGCAUUAAUGAGCCCCACUGAGUGUUGUUCCUGACCAAGCCUCUCCAGGGACUAAUUACAGCAGAUAAUUGGAGGCCAUGAUUGCAGAAAGCUCUCAGAGACUGCAAGGCAAAAGCCAAAGGCAAAGUCCUUUGAAAAACCUGCAGUGCCUGGGAGCAUUGUGGAGCCCCCAGGGCCAUUGCUGAGCAAGGCUCCCCAGGGACUCCUUCCAGCAGAUCCUUGAGGCCACUGGGAUGUGGGCUAGGGGGGAUGCUGAGGGCAGGACAAGGGGCUGACAGUGCCCAGCCUGGCUGGGGCUGUGCCAGGAGGCCCCAGGGCCUCAGGACAAGGUGUCUCCUGACAGCCCUUGGUGGCACAGACCCUGCUGUGCCCCAGGCCACCAAGACUUGGCUUCUCUUUGUCCCCACCUGUCAUCAGUGCCUCCAGUUCUCUGCUCUGCCUGGGGCCUGGGGACACUUUCUCAGUCGU